GUGACACGACCACAGUGAAUCCCCAGUUAAGCUCCUCAGCAUCCCGACUAGAAGGUUCAGCUGUCCGCCGAGCGACCUGGCCAGGCUGCCCGGGUCUUCACCGACCAGCAGCAGCCUCUCGACCGCAUUUCUACAGGGGGGAUCCAGGCUCUGUGACAGCGACGCUCAUGUGUAUUCACUCAGCCGUGUAUCUGUGGACAUAAGGACGGGAGGACCGAGCGAUGUCUGCGCCGGGUUUCACUAACCUGAACAGCUCCGUCAGCUACAGCCAGAACUCAACGCCGAACGGCGGAGCUGCGCCCCCGUACCACAACGGUCCAGCACAGACCUACACAUCCUCGUAUCCAGCUGCGGGCUACUAUGGAGCCCCACCUCAGCAACACAGCUACCCCACCAUCCCUGCCCACAGCACACCUGUGCCCAACAAAGCUCCCGUCACGAACAGUGCCCAUAGUGCAAACUACUACCAGAACAACCAUCAGCAACAACCACAGCAGCAGCAGCACCUCCCUCAGCACCAUGUAGCACCCUCCCAAUACACCGCUCCCCAUAGCUCUGCCCCUCCUUCUCAGCCAUACACCACCCUCCCCUCCUCAGCACCUCCACCAUCAAAUGCCCAGUACAACCAACAGCCAUUCCAGCAGCCGCAUCCCCCGCCGUAUGCCACUCCAGGAUCUUACUAUGGACAGCAGUUGUACCAUGCUCCGGCAGCGCAGCACCCUCAGCAACAGCAGCAGCCCAGUUUGGUGCCUGCACCAGCAAAUAGUCCCGGAGCUCCCCUCUACCCCAUCGUUUCAUACCCGUCUGCGCCGGGAAGUAGCCAGUAUGGCACCUUAAGUUCCUCGCAGACCACCUCCACGCCCGGAGUCAUGCCCACCCAGAUGAGUGCACCCCUUCAUCAGUACAGCACUACUCAGCCAGCCUCCACGACAGCAGUGCAGCCUGGGUACAGUGUGGCACCUCCUGGUCAGGUGGCGCCGACAGUCAAUGGUCAAGGAAGCACAGCCCAAAACACAGUCCACCAACACUAUGACCAAAGCCAUCAGGCUUCUCUGAACUAUGACUCCUACGGCAGAGUCACUCACAGCAGUGGUGGUGCAGACACAGACCGACCGCCCUCAGGAACCCCCUCAACUUCAGUCCAUUCCUCGCCAGGCCACCGCCAAGGCAUGCAGUAUGGAUAUGUUGCUAAUAGUGGAGCUAGCUCUGCCCCUGCCACCACCUCAGGCCCAGCCGCAGCUCCCUCGUCAUCCAGCUCUGAGGAUGAUGAUGAUGAGGAGGAGGAUGAGGAUGAGGAAGCAGGUGGUGACACUUCCUCUUCCACUACUGGCAGUGCCUCUCCGGUGCCCAACAGCUACGAUUCCCUGGAAGGGGGCAGUUAUCCGGAUUCAAUGCCACCUUCCAACAAUAUGAGCAACCAGGCCACGCCCUACGGUAGCUAUGGUUACCCCAGCAUGCAGCCAGCCUAUCGGCAGGGACUCGCCUCCCACACGGACGCCUCCCCCUCCCGCGAUCUGUACGGCCAGUCAGGCUACCAGCAGUACUCCCAGCCGUUCCCGAACCUGUCCCAGCUGUCUGCAGCUCUGGGGGGGCUGAGUGGGGUACCAGAGCUGGAGGUGGAGGCCCUGAGGCCAAUCAACCUACUGCAGGAGAGAAACCUGCUGCCUCCCAGGCCCCUGGAGGCUCCUGAACCCAAUCUCAGCUCCGACCUGAAGAAGGUCAACUGCAGUCCGCAGACGUUCAGGUGUACCCUGACCAGCAUCCCUCAAACUCAGGCUCUGCUCAACAAGGCCAGGCUCCCCCUGGGCCUCCUCCUCCACCCCUUCAGAGACCUACAGCAGUUACCGGUGAUCACAUCGAACACAAUAGUGCGCUGUCGCUCCUGUCGCACCUACAUCAACCCAUUUGUGACCUUCCUGGACCAGCGCAGGUGGAAGUGCAACCUCUGUUACCGGGUCAACGAUGUACCAGAUGAGUUUAUGUACAACCCGGUCACCAGGUCAUACGGCGAGCCCCACAAGAGACCGGAGGUUCAAAACUCCACUGUGGAGUUCAUCGCCUCCUCAGACUACAUGUUGCGGCCCCCUCAGCCGGCAGUCUACUUGUUUGUGCUUGAUGUGUCUCACAACGCUGUGGAAGGCGGCUACCUGAAGUACUUCUGCGAAUCACUUCUGGAUAACCUGGAUAAGUUGCCCGGGGAUACGCGCACCAGGGUGGGUUUCCUCACCUUUGACAACACAAUCCACUUCUACAACCUACAAGAGGGACUGUCCCAGCCGCAGAUGCUGGUGGUGUCAGACAUCGACGAUGUCUUCAUACCAUCUCAUGACAGUUUGAUGGUGAACUUAAAGGAGAGCAGAGAGCUGGUGCAGGACCUGCUGAACUCCCUUCCCGCCAUGUUCAGCCAGAGCAGGGAGACCCACAGCGCCCUCGGCCCGGCGCUACAGGCCGCCUUCAAGCUCAUGUCGCCCACCGGGGGGCGCAUCACAGUGUUCCAGACCCAGCUGCCCACCCUGGGUGCUGGUCUGCUGCAGUCGAGGGAAGACCCCAGCCAGCGCUCCAGCACUAAGGGAGUGCAGCACCUCGGCCCCGCCACAGACUUCUAUAAGAAAUUCGCACUGGACUGCUCAGGACAACAGAUUGGAGUGGAUCUUUUCCUGCUCAGCUCCCAAUACACUGACCUCGCCUCGCUAGCAUGUAUUUCCAAAUAUUCAGCAGGCAGCAUCUUUUACUACCCUUCCUUUCAUUAUAUCCACAAUCCGGCCCAGCUGGAGAAGUUCCAGAAGGAUCUGGAGCGCUACCUCACCAGGAAGAUCGGCUUCGAGGCGGUCAUGAGGAUACGAUGCACUAAAGGUUUAUCCAUCCAUACAUUCCACGGUAACUUCUUCGUGCGCUCCACUGACCUGCUGUCCCUGGCCAAUGUGAAUCCAGACUCCGCCUUCGCUGUCCAGAUGUCGAUCGAAGACUCUCUGGCAGACUCGUCUCUGGCCUGCUUCCAGGCCGCUCUGCUUUACACCUCCAGUAAAGGAAAGAGACGUAUCCGAGUCCACACUCUGUGUCUGCCGGUGGUCAACCAGCUGAGUGACGUGUACGCUGGGGCUGAUGUCCAGGCCAUCACUUGUCUGCUAGCCAACAUGGCCAUCGACAGGUCGAUAACGUCCAGCCUGUCGGACGCCCGGGACGCCCUGAUGAACGCCGUGGUGGACUUUGUGAGCGCCUACAAAAGCAACGUAUCGAACCUGCAGCAGUCGGGCCUCGUCGUCCCCACCGUCAUGCGUCUUUUCCCUCUCUACAUCCUCGCUCUGCUCAAACAGAAAGCGCUGCGGACAGGCACCAGCACGCGGCUGGACGAGCGGGUCUUUGCCAUGUGCGAGUUCAAGACGCAGCCGCUGCAGCAGCUGAUGCGAAUGGUCCAUCCUGACCUUUACCGUCUGGACAACAUGUCUGACCAGGGGGCGCUCCAUCUGAACGACACACUGGUCCCCCAACCUCAUCUCCUCCACCUGUCUGCAGAGAGGCUGAGCAGAGAUGGAGCUUUCCUCAUGGACUGUGGCAACGUGUUUUACCUGUGGAUCGGUAAAUGCUGCAACGAGACAUUCAUCCGAGACAUCCUGGGUUGCCCCAACUACGCUUCAAUACCCCCCAACAUGAGUCACAUUCCUGAGCUGGAGACUCUGCUGUCCGAGAGGGUGCGAGCGUUCCUCGACUGGCUGCAGGACAACAGAGCGUUCAGCUCCACUAUACACGUCAUCAAGGACGACGCCUCGGCUAAAGCUACCUUCUUCCAGCACCUGGUGGAGGAUCGGUCCGACUCGGCUUCUCCUUACUACGAAUUCCUGCAGCACAUUCAGCAGCAAAUGUCAAAGUAGGCUCCCAUCAUGCAGAGGAAAAACUUUGGACGCUACGACGAUCCUCGAACCGGAGCGGAGGAUUCACCGCCUCCAUAGAAUGAAAACGUUAGCGUUAGCAAAAAACGACGGGACACCCGAUCGCUCACUCCAGACCAGUUCUAGCGAUGUGGGCCGCCUCCCCUUCCUCCCAACAGUCUUACUAAACAAACUCCGCUCUCCAAACUCAUCGGUCUGCCAUGAUUCGACCAUCAGAAGGGGAAGGGGUGGGGGUGAUAGAAAGGGAGGGGAUAGAUGUAGAAAAGAAUUACGAUUUAAUGAAGGAACGGGGAUUUGUGAAAAAUGAAUUAUUGAAGACGCUCCUCCAGCCAGCUCGGCGGCUAACCACCCCCCCUCCCCCUCGUAGCUUCUCGUCGAAUCGCUCAUGAGAAAAAGAAGGGGAAGUCGAGCGGAGAGGACGCCACUUCCACGUGUUUUAGUUCAGUUUGUUUUUUUUUCGUGAGCCUCACAUGUAGCUAGUGCUGUCUUUUUAUUUUAAUUUUAUAAUUUAUUCCCUUCCUCACUUCCCUCAGUUUUAUUUGAAGACUGUUUUGAAUACACUGGAGAACAGAAAGAAGCACCCCCCCCCCCCCCUUUUGUUGUUUUUUUUCUUUUUUGGCAUGCGCUCUGAAAUACGAAACGCAUGUCACCGUUUUGUUUGCUGCUAGUCCGAGGAUAGACGACAAACCGUCUGCGGAACGGGAAGCGAGUUCAGCAGCGGGUCGGACAUUGAAAACCCCCCCCACCACCACCACCACCACCACCUCAUCGGGCCCCCCCUCUUCUCUCCUCUACUGUGUGAACUCCCGAUUUGUCAAGAUCAAUACUCAAAGAGCCCCCCCCCCCCUCUGUCAACAAUCUUCUUCUCGUUUGUUUUAUUUUUUCCAGGCGCUAACUCAAGUUGCUAUCCACUUUUUAACUAUUGAAAAGAAUCUUUUAUGUGCGAUAAUUUAUGAACCAGCUUAUUAAAUAAAAAACAAAAACAG